AUGUCUACCAAGACAAUAAAAGCCCAGCCGCACGAGAAGCGCAAGGGCGAAUCGGCACUUAGCGACUUUGCCGAGUACGUCGAGCAACAGCAGAAUCUCCGCUUCCCGACUUCAAGACGAACCGCCGGCGCGGAUGCGACGACGAGCGCCGACGCCGGAGAACACCACGAGGAGCUGGACGAGCUCUUUGACAACCUAGACCUCGCCGACACCGCGCCGAGGAUACCGCUUAAGAACCUGCUACUGGCGAGCGACGAUGGCGCCCUCAAGAAGUUGCAGGACCUGGUGGCGGAGAGGAUAGACGAGGGCAUGGGUGAGACUGUGUUCGAAAUCGGGUACGAGAACAACGGAGACUGCAUGCAGCUAUCUCUGGACGAGUGGAACACCGCAUACGCAAGAUUGGUGGCCGCCGCGAAAGGAGCCCGGGCCGAUUGCGAGCUCCUCCUGACCAAGAACGUUGGUGGCGAGGUCGAGGCAGCAAGCACAGCCACUAAGACGAGCAAAGACACGGCGUGUAGCGGAAAGAUUCUCAUACGGAGAGUGCCCGCAACGGUGGAAGAUGUGAUUGAGACCAGAAUAGCGGUUGUCGGAAACGUGGACGCCGGAAAGAGCUCCAUGUUGGGUGUUCUCGUCAAGGGAGACUUGGACGAUGGAAGAGGCAAGGCUCGAGUCAACUUGUUUAGGCACAAGCAUGAGAUCGAGACUGGACGAACCAGCUCCGUCGGGAUGGAAAUCAUGGGUUUUGACAGCGUGGGGCGGGUCAUUACGUCUGACACCCCCGGCCGGAAACUCUCGUGGGAAGACAUCGGGAAGCGCAGCGCCAAGGUCAUCACCUUUACCGACUUGGCAGGCCACGAAAAGUACCUGCGCACGACCGUCUUCGGCCUCUUGUCUAGCAGCCCCAACUACUGCUUGCUCAUGGUUGCCGCGAACAACGGGCUGGUGGGUAUGAGCAAGGAGCACCUGGGGAUUGCGCUCGCGCUCAACGUGCCCGUCAUGGUGGUCGUGACCAAGAUUGACAUAUGCCCGCCCAACAUCCUGGAGGAGACGAUAACGCAAAUCACCAAGAUCAUGCGGAGCCCUGGAGCUCGCAAGGUGCCGACCUUUAUCAAGAACCGGGAGGAGUGCAUCAACACGGCCACGCAGUUUGUCAGCCACAGGAUAUGCCCCGUGUUCCAGGUGUCCAAUGUCACCGGCGAGAACCUCGACUUGGUGCGGACGUUCCUGAACAUCCUCCCGCACCACGGGCGCUACAACUCGGACGCGCCAUUCGAGUUUCACAUCAACGACACAUUCUCGGUGCCCUUUACCGGCACCGUGGUCUCGGGAAUCGUCAAGUCGGGUGUCGCGCAUGAGGGGGAUAACAUCCUUAUCGGGCCCGACUCGCUGGGCCAGUUCAUCCCCACUGCCAUUCGCUCCAUUGAGCGCAAGAGGAUACGGGUGCCGGCGGCGUCUGCCGGACAGUCUGCCUCGUUUGCGUUGAAGAAAGUGAAGCGUAAAGACGUCAGGAAGGGCAUGGUUGUACUGCCCAAGAUCGAGGGUCAGCCGGCGCCCAAGGUGCACAGGGAGUUUAUCGCCGAAGUGCUCAUACUCUCCCACGCGACAACCAUCAAGAACAAGUACCAGGCGAUGCUCCACGUCGGCCCCGUAUCGCAGACGUGCGCUAUCAUUGACAUUGACCGGGAGCUCAUCCGCACUGGCGACCGUGCCACCGUCGCCUUCCGCUUCGUGCAACGCCCCGAGUACCUUGCUCCCGGUGACCGGCUACUGUUCAGAGAAGGGCGAACCAAGGGGCUCGGCAUCGUCAAGGCCGUGGGAUACGAUCCCAAGCACCCGCUGAUGGAGAGAGCUGCCAACGGCGCUGCCAAUGGCGCUGCGGAAGGCGGUGGCAAAGGGGGCGGCCAGCCCCUGGCUGAUACAGAAGCUGAGGCCGGCUCAUAG